UGUCCAGCCCCCACUUCCAGGUGGCGGAGCGAGCACUUUACUACUGGAAUAAUGAGUAUAUCCUGAGCCUGAUGAGUGAUAACGCUGUGCAGAUUCUCCCAAUUAUGUUCCCAUCUCUGUUCAGAAAUUCCAAGAACCAUUGGAAUAAGACUAUACAUGGACUCAUAUACAAUGCCCUGAAGCUCUUCUUGGAGAUGAAUCGGAAGCUCUUUGAUGACUGCAUCCAACAGUACAAGGCUGAGAAGCAGAGGGGGAAGAUCAGAGGCAGAGAGCGAGCAGAGAUGUGGAAUCGCAUUGAGGAAAUGGCACGGUUGAACCCACAGUACACUAUGUAUAAUUCUCCUGCUCUCAGCCUGAUCUGCUCCAUGGAGACAGACACCCCGACCGCUGAGGAUAUUCAGAUCCUAAAGAAGACAAUGGAGACUGAGGCUGUGCAGGAUCCAUGUCUAUCUCUGCUCAGUCUUCUGAGAAUUGCGAUGUCCUAACCACUGAGGACUGCUCAGGUAGUGAUGAUGAUGAUUCCAAACAGUCAGAUAUGGCUGAAAUACCUCCAGAAUUCAGAAAUUGCUGGAAAGCAGCUGUAAAGACUCCACAGGAUUUUACUUUGUGGAGUAAGGUUGUAGCAUAUGCAGAGAGAAUGAAGGACCUUGCAGCCUGUAGGAAGGCUUUUGAUGCUUUACUAACAUGUUUCCCUCUCGCUCAAAUCUACUGGAAAAAGUAUGCAGACAUAGAGCAGCAUCUUGGCAGCAUAGAAGAGACUGAAAAGAUCUUUAUUCGUGCUUUGAAGUCAAACCCACUAAAUGUGACCUUAUGGACAAGCUACAUCUCUUUUUUGUUAAAGAAAGAGAAGAAGAAGCUGCCAAAGCCUGCUGAGCAGUUACAAGGGGUGUUCGGCCAAGCUAUUGAUGCCUGUGGCCUGGAAUACCGCUCAGAUGAGCUCUGGAGCCUUUACAUAGAUUAUGAAAUAAAAGGUGGCCGUAUUAAAAACGCCAUGGCGCUAUAUAUCCGACUACUGAAUAUCCCCACUCAGCAGUAUCAAUUGCAUUUUGAGAGGUUUAAGAUAUUUAUAGCUACUCACUCUCCUGUUGAAUUCUUGACCACGGAGGAGCUCAAUACGAUACACGCGAAAUUACAAGUUGACAAUGAUAAUGAUCAGGUUUCUUCAGAAGAUGUACCGUCAGGGGACAUUGCAGACUCACUAACAGAGUCGAACCUGCAGGAGAUCCGACAGUAUGUUCUAGAUACAGGAAAUCAGAUGUAUCUCUUGAAUAAAGAACAAGUUAAAAAACGAUGUGCGUUUGAAGAAGGGAUUAAACGAUUGUAUUUCUUUGCCACUCCACUAAGUGUUAAGCAGCUGCAAAACUGGAGGAAAUAUCUGAAUUUUGAGAUAUCUCAGGGACAUCAUGAACGAGUAGUUGUACUGUUUGAGCGCUGUUUAAUGCCAUGUGUAAAGUAUGAAGAAUUCUGGCUGUUGUAUGCUUGCUAUAUGGAAAAACAUUCUGUGGAAGCUGCCCGUUCCAUUUUUGAGAGAGCCUGUCGGAUCCAUUUGCCACUGAAAUUUACACUACAUCUUCAUUGGGCUUUAUUUGAAGAAAAACAUGGACAACUGAACUCUUCUCGUGAAAUUUUGUCCAAUCUGGAGAUUAUUUUACCUGGAGUUGUCAUGGUGCGUCUAAGGCGUGUGAACUUUGAGCGACGUAAUGGAAAUCUUCAAGAGGCAGAACGGUUGCUCAGAGAAGCUGCACAGAACAGCUCUGGCUCAGAAAUGGCAUUUUACACUGUCAAGCUUGCUAGACUGCUGCUAAAGCUGAAAAGUGAUCCAGAAAAGGCCCGAGACGUGCUUAUAGGAGGCCUCAAGAAAGAACCGAAUAGUCCUUUCCUGCAUGAGUGUCUGCUGGAAAUGGAGAUCUCCAGAGAUGCUGGAGAUGACGUGAUGCUUUGCGUGGAAAGAGCACUGAACAGCAACAUCCAUGAUGCUAUAAAGGGAAUCUUGUCCCAGAGACGUCUUGAGUUCUUAGAAGACUGUGGCAACAGUAUGAACAGUUUAUUUAAUGCCUAUGAGGAGCAUCAAAUCCUAUUAGAGAAACAGGAAGAACUGAAGCGAAAAGCAAAUGACAAGGAUGAAGAUAAAAAUGAUAAAAAAGUAAAAUCUAAGUCCGAUAACUCUUCUGUAAUAGAAGAUGUUCCCAUCCCAGGAGUUUCGGAACCUGUAAUUCCAUCUGCAACAUCAGAGAAAAGUGUUUCAGCAGAAAAUACAACUGGAUCAUCUACACCACCUACUAAUGUAAAUGUACCGACUAAAUCUUUCUAUCAUCAACAAACCCAGAGAAGUCAGGUUUUUGUACCAAGACCUGCAGUACGACCCUAUGUCCAUCCUUUUCUGUCUCACAUGUCAAGAGGUUUUGCGCCCCUACAAAGAAUGGCACCACCUAUGCCUCCACACCAUAUGGGAGGGCCUCCUCCACCUAUGCCUCCACACCAUAUGGGAGGGCCUCCUCCACCUAUGCCUCCACACCAUAUGGGAGGGCCUCAUAAUCCUCCUCCUCCUUACAAUUAUGGACCAUGGUUCCAGAACUUUGGAGGGUUCAACAACCCACAGCCUUGGAAUUACAACAGAUACUACCCUCCAUUUUGAUCUCCCAAUAUUGAAAUUUAGCAAAUCAUUGCCAACUGUUAAACGCCAAAACGUUUAAAGGGGAUAUGUUUAUUUCUCCCCUAUUUUUAGGACUUGACCAGAAAGUUAGUACAGACUUUGCUAAUAAUUAUCAUGGACGUCCACCCCCAGCUCAUGAUAAGGCUGGUUUAUACAGCGUGGUUGAUAAACUUUUUUCUAGGGAACAGCAGGAAUGGAUCCCAAAGAGACAUGCCAACCAAGCCACAGCCGUAAUGUAUUGGUUUCUGUUUGAUUUCCUUUAGAGUUUAGCUCUAUGUGUAAUAUAAGAAUGAAAUGUCACAUAUAUUUGCAUUUAUAUAGUUGUUCUUUUUUGUUUUUUUUGUAUUUCUGCAAAUAAAGUUAAACACAGAAGUAAC